AAACUUUUAAAGUAAAAAAUAAUGGAUGAACUGGUAGUUUAUAUCAGUGACAUACCAGAUGGCUACAGUGCGUUCAAACUUAAGCUAUUUCUCAAUAAUUUGCUGGGUAGUGGGCAAGCUGUGCAGGAAAUCAAACCAAGUGAGAAAGAAUCUGUGAUGGAGGUUCAUUUUAAAGAAGAUACUUAUAAAUACGUUGCUGUGGCAAAGUCACCCCUUCCCCUCAAGUUUGGAAGCGACACUUACCAGUUGGUUGUGACAAUCAACAAGCCAGGAAGUGAAAACCAAACUUCAUCAAAAGGUGGCGAAUAUUUCACACCGGGAAGGCAUUCGACUACACAGGAUGAUCCACCAACAGAGUAUUCAGGACCAAGUAUGACACGAGCACAAAGUGAGGGAAAUUUUACAGACUACACAAUGCAAGACAGAUGCAACUACAGUGGCCAGUCUGCUCCACAAAGAAGGAUUUAUUGCUAUGGAGUUGGCCCAAAUAUCUGUAACAACAAACCAUUAAUAAGGAAACACAUGCAACAGUAUGGCCAUGUAGAAGAUAUAUGGAUUUACCCCAAUGCUAGACGACCAUUUUUUAAAGUUCUGUUCAAGCUUCAUGAAUCAGCACGUACAGCAUUGGACCAUGGAUCCAACAUAACAAGUGUAGAUACACUGAGAAUGCAAUGGGACAGAGAUGAAGCAAAUGAGUUGCGGCAAGGACCUCUACCCAACUAUAAUCCCCCAAACCAAGCCAGAGGACCCCAGUUUAGAUAUGACCCCCAAAGAGACCCCUAUGAAAGAAGUAACCCCCCCAGGAGCCCCCAAUACCGAAAUAACCUCCCACAUGACCCACAAGGCUGCAAUCCACCCAGACAGGGUCAAGUUAAGCUUAGGAACCCAGGCAACCAAAGGCCCAGAGACAACAGACGACACAGUGCAAACAUAGAAGGAAUAAGACAAGAUCGAAAACAACAUCCACGAUCGGAUCAAAGAAGAGCCCGGGAUCAAAGUAGGGAUGCGGAAAGAUCUUCGGAUCAAUCUGCUCCAGUUGCAUCUGCUGCUCCAAGGACUUGGGAGGAGAUUUGGGAAUCAGAGGAUGAUCUGAAGAGGAAGGCUGAUAAUUGUGUUCUUGUACAAAAUGUCCCUGAGAAAACAUCAAAUCAAAGUUUGGAACUUUAUUUUGAGAACACCAAUCGAUCUGGUGGCGGUGAAGUUUUCAUGCUGUUUAAACUAAGAGAUGGAAUAUUGGUCGUGUUUUAUGACCAACAAGUUGCAAGGAAUGUGUGUGACAAACAAGAACAUUACUUUGAAGGACAGAAACUACAAGUAUUUCCUAAAACAAUUCCAACUAUGAUGAAAGAACAGUUCAUUGUCUCGGGAGUUGAUGAUACAAAAACUAGUAAAGAUGUCCUUGAGUUGUUCAUUGAGUCUUGUUCAACCAGCAACCUUGUACCAAGCAGGGUUGAGAAAAUGUCCCAAGGAAAAUAUAUGGUAUUUUAUGAUGGUGAUGCUAGGGAUAAAGAUAUUGAUGACAUUAUGAACAAUAUACAACAGAAGAAACUUGAAAAUAAAACACUUGAGGCCAGCAGGAUGUGUAAGAGUGAUUGCAUCAAAGUGGCAAACGUAUCAAAUGAAGUAUCAGAUGAUGCCAUCAAGUUAACAUUUGAAAGUAAGAGGAGAACUGAGGGUGGAACAGUAACUUACGUUCAACGAUACAAGGAACAUGCUCUUGUCUUUUUCUCGGAUUUUAAAGUGGCAGAAAGAGUUGUUAAAACAUGUACGGACAAUCCCCUUACACUUGAUUCAAAGCAUGUUAAAGUAACAUCACAUUACCACGGUGUUGAUACAUCUGGCAACGCUAAAAAACGAAACAGAAAAGCAAAAGGAAGCUCUAGCAGUAGCAGUCAAGGUGCUGUACAGUUAUGUUUGUAAAAGAUUUUGUAAAGU